CAUCCGACCGUCUUGCGUCGACGAAGUGUCAGAUUGGAGUUUUGUGUCUUUUUGGUUUGUGUGUGUCAACCCGACAUUCUCAAUUCCUUCCUGUCCAGUGCAAGUCGCUAAAUCCAAGUCGGAAAAAUUUCCUAGUCUUGAGUGUGAUCCCGUGGCGCAUCGAGUGGAAGGAGACCCUCGAACGCCUGCCUGCCUUCCCAGGAAGACGAGUGUGAACUUUGUCUGGAAACGGUUGGCCCACGGAGGCUGUCAAACGGCUGUCGUCCCAGGGGGGUGGAAAAUUUUCGUCGUGGAAGAAGAAGACCGUGUACGUCGACGCGAGCGCUCGCUGCGAGUGAUAAAAAACAAAUUGUCGUGGUCCAAGAUUAGAUGUCGACGUUAUCGUCGGGUGCGCGACGAGAAAUUUGAAUUAACGUCCAGUCGACGCGUUUUUUGGUGAAAUUUGGUGCCCCGUCGCCGAGCAGACUGUCGUAGUCGCACCCCUAGCUUGCGAGGGAUUCGCCUUUCAGUCCACCGGAUUCUGUGUGUGAUUCUCGGUUUCAAGGUUUCCGAAGGCUGUGACGCGAGGCAGUGGACCUUGGAGGGCCGUAGUUUCUGGGAGUGAGUCAGAAAAUUAUCAGAUAUUUAAACGUGAUACCUCCAUAAAUAUAAAUAAAUCCAGGGGGGUCAACGGAGUGAGCUACUAAAAAUACAUUAAUUUCGAGGUGGAGUGUAUCCUCUUCUUUCAUCUUUUGAACAGCAGACGAAACUUGGGAAGACGUCGUUUUCUGACGUGUGGCUAAUAAGAUUUUAUCGAUAUCAACACAAUGGCGUUUGCUGGCCUGAAAAAGCAGAUUAACAAAGCCAAUCAGUAUGUUACCGAAAAGAUGGGCGGUGCCGAGGGCACCAAACUUGACAUGGAUUUCAUGGAUAUGGAAAGAAAAACUGAUGUGACAGUAGAGUUAGUUGAAGAGCUACAGACCAAAACAAAAGAGUUUCUACAGCCAAAUCCAACAGCACGUGCCAAAAUGAUAGCUGUAAAAGGUAUUUCUAAACUUUCGGGACAAGCUAAAAGCAAUACUUAUCCACAGCCAGAAGGAAUACUAGCAGAUUGCAUGUUAUUGUAUGGCAAGAAGUUAGGAGAAGAUAGUGUAUUCGCUACGGGCCUAGUCGAAUUCGGUGAUGCACUCAAACAAAUGGCAGAUGUGAAAUACUCAUUAGAUGACAAUAUUAAACAAAACUUUUUGGAGCCACUUCAUCAUUUGCAAACCAAAGAUCUUAAAGAAGUUAUGCAUCAUCGCAAAAAACUUCAAGGACGAAGGCUCGAUUUCGAUUGCAAACGGCGGAGACAAGCAAAAGAUCAAUAUUUCAAUAAAUCUCCAGCACGAUCGCCAAUGGGAAGCCCUGUUCGGGGUGCACGACUUAAUGACGAUGAGAUUCGUGGUGCUGAAGAGAAAUUCGCCGAAUCAUUGCAGUUAGCUCAAAUGGGAAUGUACCACUUGUUGGAGAAUGAUAUUGAACAGAUGUCUCAACUUGUAACAUUUGCAGAAGCAUUAUAUGACUACCAUUCACAGUGUGCAGAUAUACUAAAGGUGCUAACUGAAACGCUAGCACAAAAACGUGAAGAAGCCGAAGGUCGCCCGAAAGCAGACUUCGUACCAAAAACAUUGGCCGAUUUGAAUAUUGAAUCAUCAAUGACCGGACUGGAGGGCGGAGGUGCGAAUCGAAAUGGUGGAAUAAUUGGCAGUGGGAAUGGUUAUGGUGGUGGCGGACAUUCAUUGCAAAGUAAUGGUCGCCAUUAUCCACCGUCCCGUAUAAAGCAAAAUAGUAUGAACUCCCAUCACCAAUUGUACAGUUCUCAACAGAAUUUAUCCUCAAGUGUUUUUAAUAACAAUAACAAUAAUAAUACAACUAGUAAUAAUAAUGUAAAAAAUUCCAAUUUCACACGAUCACGCAUUUACGGGUCAUAUCAGUCUCUAUCAAAUACAAAAGUAACAACAACAACGACAAAUUACAAUAACAAUGCCAAUCAGAAAAAUUCCCAAAAUAAUGUUGAUUUAGAUUCAAGCUAUGAUUGGCUAAAUGCUUGGAACAAUCCACCACCAAGAAUUCCAUCGGUUUCAAGCUAUGGUACUGCUACGUCAACAUCCGCAAAUAUCACGAAAAAUCCAACAUCAACAGCAAGACCAACAUCCAAUAGUAACAAAUUUUAUAAUUUCAAUAGUCAUUCUAAAACUAAUAUUCAACUCAACGAUCCUUGGACAGCGUCACCACUUCCGUCGCCAAUGAGGUCACCUGCUAAAACUCCAGCACAGAAUCGGGCUCCAUGUUGUACGGCAUUGUACGACUUCGAACCAGAAAACCCCAAUGAACUUGGAUUUAAGGAAAACGAUACCAUCCAAUUGUUAAACAAAGUAGACGAGAAUUGGUACGAAGGAAGCAUCAAUGGACGAACAGGAUACUUCCCACAGUCAUACGUUCAAAUCGUAGUCCCGCUUCCUGAAAACUAAGCUACUCAAAACGAAAACUACUCUACCGCGGAAAAGCAAAUAAAGAAACCAUAACACAAAGGCUGAAGAGACGACACAAACAUUUUCGUAAAUUAACAAAUUACGACGAUAACAAAAAAGGGAUGUUAAGGCUUGAAAUCAAAGUGCAGAAGCUAUGAAAAUGACGGAAAAAUCAACGGCAACAAAGGAUAUUUACUAUUAUAUUAAAGCAGGCCAUUUCGAUUACACUCACUGAGAAAUAAAGCGAUAAAGAAAUAAAUUACUACACAAAGAAGAAAAUGCUAAUUAACCAGAAAAGUAAAUUUUAAGUAAAACGUGUUCAAAACAAGUUGAAAUAGAAAACAAAAUUAUAACGCAUUUGAUUAUAAUUUCCUAUUGAGAUCUAACUGAAUAUUAAAACAUUGAACGCCAUUCAGGUGUAUUUAUUUACGGUUUUGCCUUCCGCACAUGAAAUUAUAUUCUUCAGACUUGAGACAAAAGAGAAAAAUUAAAAACAAUGCUAAAUUGUGAAAAUUAUUGCGUAAACAUUAAUUUGUUGUUUGCUUUCGCUUGCUUCGCUAUUGUUCUACUCUCGUAAACGUUGAAACCAAGCAAAAAGGUCAUAAUAAGAUAAAUUAAGUAUGAAAAGUUCGAUACUGAGGAGAUGAAGUGUGCAAGUUAGGAUUAAACACGAUAUGUACGUGGAAGCAAACAGAGUCAUGAGAAUGUUACAUUGAAUUGCCUAAACAAAAGAAACUAAUCGGUUUUAUCUCUUAUGUAGGCUUGCAUAAUGUUACGAUUAGAGAUAUCUAAUACAUCGUUCUGUAUAUGUUAAGAACUAAACGUGAAAAGAGAAAAGUUAUAUAAACUACCCAAUUGUUAGGUUAAAUGUUUUUUUCUUUCUGUUGAAAACAACGUACUCAAUAUUUGUUUGUAGAACGGCAUCCAUCUGUGCUAAUUUACUUUAUUGGUUGGAAAAUAUGCCUGAAAACGGAGCUCUUUGCUAAAUUCGGUCCUUGCUUGACUCGGAUCUUUAUUCAUUUGCAACACAGGGAUAUUAAACUUGGUCGAUAUUAAUUGGUAUAAAUUAUCAAUAAACUUGUAAUAUUUUGUACAUUUGAAGAGUAAAUAGUAUUCAGUUUGAGAGCUUGUAAAUUUCUGAAAGUGGCAUAAUUCAGCAUAAUUCAGAUGAAAUUGUUUUGUAGGUUUAUUUAAAAUUGAUGAUUCUUAUCAAAUUUUACGAAAGCGCAAGGCUUUCAUAUUGAACAUUUUGUUUUAUGUAAUACUUUUAAUUUUCCCUUGUUUUCGAAUUUAUUAUCGUUUCAAUACGACAAUAUAUAAAAAUUUAUAUUUUUUAUGAAA